GAGAGUAUCAUUGGUGUUCACUGUUGUGACUGAGCAUGGAGCACUGGUGAUGUUCUUCCCAUCAGUUUGUGAGCGAGCUUUGAAGGACAUGCUGGAGAGGCAGCUGAGAGAGGGUGCUGCUGCUGCUGCACACUGCUUGCUCCAGCGUCUCUAGACUGCUUGCCCCAAUAACCAUGGAAGGACAGAGAGCCUUGUCUCACCCUGCUGCACUGAUUGUGAUGUGUCUCUCCUUUUGCGGUCAUCUAUGUUCCUCGGAAGACAAUGAGUGCCUAUCGGAGCCAUGCCAGAACAAAGGGAGUUGCAUAGCUGGCCUGGACAACUACACUUGCCAGUGUCCACGGGACCCUCUGAUCUACUUUGGGAAGAAUUGCGAGCUACUGUUUGACGCCUGCCGCUUCCCGCUAUGCAUGAACAACGGCACCUGCCACACCACACUGGGAAGCCUGCAGUACAACUGCACAUGUUUACCUGGCUUUGCAGGUAGUCAAUGCAGUGUAAAUAUAAAUGAGUGCGAGAGCAAUCCUUGCCCAGGGCUUCAUGUGGAUUGCGUAGAUCAGGUGAAUGGAUAUAGUUGCCGGUGUUCUCCCGGGUAUGAAGGGGAAAACUGUACAACAGAAACCAAUGAGUGCCUUGCCAACUCAUGCAAGAACAAUGGAACUUGCGUGGAUGGGAUUGGAGAUUACACUUGCGAAUGUCAGCCUGGUUACACAGGGGUUAGCUGCGAGACCGACAUUGACGAGUGUGCGUCCAGCCCCUGUUUGAACGGGGCUCUGUGUAUUGAUGCGGUAAAUAUAUAUAGAUGCUUCUGUGUUCCUGGAUAUCAGGGAUCUAACUGUGAGAUUGACAUCAACGAAUGUGCGUCCAGGCCUUGCGGGAACGGUGCUACCUGCGUUCAUGACGUGGAUCGAUACUUGUGUGUCUGUCCUCUUGGCUACCAAGGUCUGAACUGCGAGCUUGAGAUAAAUGAAUGUGGGUCUAAUCCUUGUCAGAAUGGUGCCUCGUGCAAGGACCAUGUUGCAUCCUAUGGCUGCGCCUGCCCUGCUGGUUACGAAGGGGUUAACUGCGAGGUAGAUAUCGAUGACUGUGCCAGCAACCCAUGCGCCAAUGGAGGGAAGUGCAAGGACCAGACCAACCGGUACACAUGUGACUGCGAGGACACGGGAUAUCUAGGCACCAACUGCGAGGUUGACAUCCUGGAGUGUGCUUCUGACCCCUGCCUCAACAACGCCACCUGCCAGGAAGGGGUGAAGACCUACGCCUGCCUGUGCUGGCCAGGUUACACCGGACUUCACUGUGAAAUCGAUAUCGAUGAAUGCACAGCGGAACCUUGUAUGAAUAAUGGCACGUGUUUGGAACGCUCCGGGCAAGAUUAUUAUGGCACUCUCCCGCUUUUCACCCCCACUUUCAGUUACGCCAGCGCAUCCGGCUACGUUUGCCUCUGUGGGCAAGGAUUCACAGGAGAAAACUGUACGAUAAACAUUAACGAAUGUGCAUCCGGCCCUUGUGAGAAUGAUGGCACUUGUGAAGACCAAACCAAUGGAUUCUACUGCCUAUGUGCACCUGGAUUCACAGGGGUGACGUGCCAGGCCAACAUCAAUGAAUGCGAGGGGGAUCCGUGUGAAAACGGGGGUGUCUGUGAAGAUGGUGUGGCGGACUUCACCUGCCACUGUCCCCCCGGGGACGAGGAGGGAGUGGUGUGGGGGGGGAAGAGCUGCUCGGUCGAACUGACCGGCUGCCUGGAGCACAAUUGCCACAACGGGGCCACAUGUGUGCCCCUCCUGCUGCAAGAGAUCCACACUCACCUCUGCAGCUGCCCUCCCGGUUUCUACGACGCUUCCUGCUCAACCUCCACAACCUUCUCCCUGUCCGACGGCUUUGUGGUCGUGCAGGGGGCCGAGGCUGGGAACGGGACCAGCAGACGUACGGCAGACGACUCGAUCAGUAUCAGCGUGAGCUUUCGGACCACCCUGCCGCACUCGCUGCUGAUAUACCGGGGCAACCUGCUGGACGAGUACAUCCGCGUCCAGAUCUACAGCGGGAAGCUGAUGUCUAUGGCGACCAUAAGCGAGCAGAUUCUGGGCAUCUCCUUCAGCCAGUCGGUCGACGACGGGGCCUGGCACGAACUGAGGGUGAUCCUGGGCAAGAACCUGCUGGUGAUGUUGACACAUCCAGCUUGUCCAAACCAGACUUGCUCCGACUCGAAGCCCAUCACAUCGGCCACUCUCCCCCCGCUGAACACCUUCCAGACAACGUACAUCGGCGGCGAAUACGGAACGUACUUUUCAGCUCAGGAGAACUUCACCGGCUGCAUGCGGGAUUUGGAAAUUGACAACGAGCCCAUUCUGCCACAGACCAUCUCCGACAAUCUGGCGUGGAAUUUCAAGCUGGGCUGUGAGAAGACGGACUGGUGUGAGCAGGGCCCCUGUCACGGCAACGGGAAGUGCGUGGACCUGUGGACAAGCUACAUCUGUGAAUGUUUCCGACCGUACGUGGGUCCAACUUGCACCCAAGAAUACAGGCCGGUGACCUUCAGCCACAACAACUCCAGCAGCUCCGCAUCUUUCGUCAUCACGAAUAAUCCCGGCUCUAAAUUUGUUAUUUCGUUUUAUAUCCGUACACGGAAACCGAGCGGCCUGAUAUUGCAGCUCCGUAACGCCACGGCACCCUACCUCUCUGUGUACCUGAGGAACAGUGACAUCUCCUUCAAAGCCCAAGGCACCAAGCUGGCCUCCACCAUACACCUGGUCGACGGCACGAGACGCCUUGUGGAAAUCCACCUGAAUGACGGCUGGCUGACCGUGAAGGAAUCCAAAGUCGUUAUGCUGGAGGGCCUGUUGCCCCGUGUGGCCAUUCACCCGCUCGAUACUAUCCAUUUUGGUCAUUAUACGGAGGAUUCUGCGCUCUGGGGAGGACCUUUCAAAGGCUGCCUGCAGGACGUUAGAAUCAACGAUAAUCUACUGGAGUUUUUCCCGAUGAAAAUCAAGAACCAUACCACGUGGCCGGGAGCUUACACCAAUAAAACACUUGUGAACGUGCUGAAUAAUUGUAUCAGUGAUGAUUCCUGCAAGGCAGCUCCGUGCCACCAUGGAGGGACGUGCAUCGUGACCUGGAACGACUUUGAAUGCAAAUGCCCGCGGCAGUACACGGGACGGACCUGCGAGGACAUCGUGUGGUGUAGGACCGAACCCUGUCUUUCCAGGAGUCACUGCCAGGAUCUUCCCGGUGGAUACGAAUGUCAUUCCAACGCAACGUUUCAGGGUAAAAAUCCAAUUGUUUACCUCGGCAACGAGUUGAUCACAAGAGACCUCAGCAGUAUUUCGGUGAACUUCAAGACCAGAGAUACGGCUGCUGAUCUUCUACAGGUCAACCAUGGUGCCGAGUCCUUCUGGCUUGGAUUACACAAUUCCCAGCUGCAGUUUAAGUUGUACAGUGGGAACAGCGUGGAAGGCCUGGCCAUGGCGAGCACCGUCAAUACCUCGGAUGGACAGUGGCACUCGGUCCUCGUUACCAUGGAGGUACCUUCGAAGGCGUCUUCAAGGUGGACCAUUGUGCUGGACGGGAAGUCCAACAUCACCAGCAUGGUCGCCACGGGGAAUAUCAACUUCCUUCAGGACAACGCCACGGUGACACUGGGCAACAACUUUACCGGGUGCCUGGGAGUGGCCAGAAUUGGCGGCAUAUACCUCCCUUACAUGAAGCACAAGAUCCUCACGAAGACGGGGCAGUUUGCCAUGGUGAGCGGUUCCCCGGCAAGGAUCGGAUGCUUCGGCGGGGAGGUGUGCACCCCUAACCCGUGCCUGAACGAGGGAAAGUGCGAGGACCUGUUUGACCUUUCCCGGUGCCAGUGUGUGGAGGGGUGGGAGGGAUCCCGAUGUGAGCACAGUGUGGACAACUGCGCGUCCACGCCUUGUGUCCGGGGCAACUGCAGCAACUCCCCGCAAGGCUACAGGUGCGACUGUGAGCUGGGCUACACCGGGCCGGACUGCGACAGCAAUGUGGAUGACUGUGCAGACCACCAGUGUACAAACAACGGCAGCUGCCUCGAUGCUCUCAACUCGUACCGCUGCAAGUGUCCGAGCCAAUUCACCGGGAGAUAUUGCGAAUGGCCCAACCCCCCAAUAAAGUGCGGCGAGGGGUUCGUCUGUGGGAACGGCGGGCUCUGCACCGAUGGACCCUGGGGUGCCAAUUGUACCUGCGCGCCAGGCUUCUCCGGAGAAAGGUGUGAGGUUGAAGUCAAUGCAUGCGAGUGCAGUCCGUGCCAGAAUGGGGCCACCUGCCAGAGCAUGGCCAACACCUUUGAGUGCAUUUGUGCAGCUAACUACGCGGGUCAACGGUGCGAGCUUGAUAGAGGGAAGAAGGCGGACUCCAUCCCGCUGUUGGCGGUGGCCGUGCCCGUGGUGUGCGGCAGCGUGCUGCUCAUCGUCAUCGCUCUGAUCUUCGUCGUUCUCACCGCCCGCAAGAAGCGGCAGACGGAAGGGACGUACAACCCGAGCCAGCAGGAGGUGGCGGGAGCACGGCUGGAGAUGGACAGUGUCCUGAAGGUGCCUCCUGAGGAGCGCCUGAUAUAAGCGUCUGCCUGGACUCACGAGAGGAGGCUCCUGCUUGGCCUGUUCCACUACACAGGAGGCAUCCAUCCCCCAGCUACGUGCUUGCCUUUGACCGAACUGAACUGAAUUGAAAGAAACAACGUGGAAAUAGGCCCUUCGGCCCACCGAGUCCAUACCGACCAUCGCUCACCCGUUCUAUGCUGUCCCACUUUCUCAUCCACU